UCCUUUAACUUAUUCUUCAAGCACAAAGAUGCAGGAUUGAACAUCGACGACAAAGUUCUGCGCUCUGGCAUGGUAUAAUGGCACCGAAGAUUUCUUCGUCCAAGAUAACACUUUCAUGCCCGCUUUUUGCGGCUGAUUUCGACCCUCACAACCAUGGCUUUCUGCUUGUAGGAGGGGGCGGUGGUGAAGGACGCAGUGGCGUUGGCAACAAGAUUUCCCUUCUUGAUACGUCUCGGCGUGACGCUAUAUCGGAGGUAGUCGACAUUGAGCUCUCCCGGGACGAAGAUUCGGUCACAUCCCUAGGCAUUUUGCAAUGCAGCGACCAAGACGUCGUGGCGCUGGCCGGAAUAAACAGCUCGCAGGCGGAACAAAAACGAGACAACAAUAAACACCUACGCUCCUUUGAAAUCACAUACCCUCCAAGACGAAAGGCUAUUACGGAUUUAAAGAACGGGGGCUAUGGUGGCGAUGAUGGAGCGCGAGUCAACUUUGGCGAGCCGAAGACAAGAGCUCUAUCUCAGGUCUCGUUAUUCAGGAAACAAGAAUUGAAAUCAGCGGAGGGAGAAGCAUAUCAGCGCAUAUUACGACUUUCUCCCUGGAAAGGCGAAGACGCAAAGCGCAUUGGUGCAAUCGCGACUGGCCUUGCUCCCCGAGGAGAACUUGUGUUCUUUGAAGCAGACGCACAAUCUGUAUCCGCACCAAAUGUUUUAGGACGUGUCAUACUGGGACCACAAGAAGAGGUGGAGGACGUGGAUAUCAUAGACACGAGCGAGGACGGGACCUUCAAGUUCGCAUAUACGGAUGGAAAGGAGGUCUACCUUUCGAAUAUAUCGAUGUCCUCGAAAUCCAACUUGCACGUAAACUCUAUAUAUAAGGUCGGCGGAGGACCGAAAAGCAGCAAAAUCAGAGCUUUGCGCUUUAUCUCUCCAAACACCCUUCUCUUGCUGCAAAACUACCCUGGCCGCACCGGAUGCGAGCUAGUGGUUAUAUUACUCUCCAGUCAAAUGUCUAAAUGGACGGUUUCCCGGAGACGAGGCCUCCAUAGAUCAAUGAAGAUCGGUCUAGGCUUGGAUGUUUGUCGACUAUCCGAGUCGUCUUCUGGAGAAAGGCAGUGCAUCAUUGCCGUAUCAGGCAGUGAUAUGUCAAUUGAAGUUCUUACGCUCGAAUCUGCUUCCAAGGGCCAAAUUGGAAAAUUACAACACUAUACCACAUUCACAGAUGUCCACCCGUUUUCGAUGACAAGAAUAGCGUUCUCGACCUUUAUUUCUCCAGCUUUACCUGUCACCUCGGAUGUACGGCCCCAGUUUGUAAAACUGGCUUCUGUCAGUGUGGGGAAUACAGUUAUAGUUCACACCUUCCCCCUAUCUCCAUAUCCUACUACUUCAAAACACCCACGAUAUGUUCUGGUGAUGCCUGGCCUCUCAGAACUCGCCAAUACCAUAUUCAGCUCUCUCGUUGCCAUACUUGUUGUCGCGCUAGGUGCUUUCUUCCUACAAGCCUUCACGGAGAUCCGAGGCGGUGUUCCUCCUACUCUAGGAGCUACGAACUGGCUUAGUCCGCGUCUCCGAGAAAUGCUUGCACGGCCAUACAUGUUCGAAAACGGCCACCCAAAUGCCCAAACGACUAUCCCAUUAUUAAAAGACAUCCAUCAAGUCAAGACAUCCCAACCGCUCCGAGACUUGGUAUCUUCACUAUCACAGGCCCAGAAGGGCGACUCCUCGCCUACCUCCGGACAACCACAGGAAGCCGUUGUCGUGCAUGAUCUUGGUACCGAAAUAUCAGCCAAGUCCACUGUUCUGUCAGAAGAUGGAGAAAAGCACGGAGUAGACCACUCGAAGACAAAGAGGUGGGAAGAUCUGACCGAUGAACAGCGCAAGAUAUGGAAGAAAAAGCUGGCGGAUGCGGGCCACUGGGCACUGGACGAAGGCGAAGUGCUACUCCGCGGCGUGCUGUUUGGCGAAUUGGCUGGAUUUGUCGGCCAGAUUAUGGCUUAA